AUGAGUGGCGCUUCUAUACUCAGGGGCCUCCGCUCGAACAAAACCCUCAACCUCCGAACCCGACACACGGACGUCAAAGACUUAACCAAACAAAUCCUAACUCACCUCAACGCCAAUCGCCUUAAACAAGCCGUUUCUAUUCUCUUUACAUCUCCUGAUUGCUUCUCUUAUUCCCUUUACGUCCAUCUCUUCCAGCUUUGCUCUUCCAAUCUCGCUAUCAUCGAGGCUCGAAAGGUUGAAUCACAGUUACUUGGUGCCUGUAGAAAACCUCCAACCUUCCUUUUGAAUAGAGCCAUAGAGACUUUUGGGAAAUGCGGGUGUUUGCAAGCUGCUAAGGAACUGUUUGAUGAAAUGCCUCUAAGAGAUGGUGGAACUUGGAACGCCAUGAUUAGGGCUUGUUUGCAAUGUGGUAGCUCCGAUAAAGCGUUGAGUUUUUUUCAGGAUAUGCAUAAGGAAGGGCUUUAUGCGAAUGAGAUUACCUUUGCUAGUGCUUUGGGAGCAUGUGGUGAUGUCCUGGAACUAUGUCUUGCGAGGCAAAUUCAUGGGCUUAUUAUGAAAUAUGGGUUUUGUGGGAAUGUGAUUUUAGGGAGUUCGCUUGUUGAUGUGUAUGGUAAGUGUGAAGCUAUGAGUGAAUCAAGGAGGAUUUUUGAUGAGAUUGAGAGUCCUAAUAAUGUCACUUGGAAUAUUAUUGUUAGACGGUAUCUUGAGAUGGGUGAUGAAAACGAGGCAGUGAUCAUGUUUUUUAAGAUGUUCCGUUCGAAAGUUAGGCCAUUGAGUUAUACCUUUUCUAACGCCCUUGUUGCAUGUUCGGGUAUGCGUGCAGUCAAGGAGGGAAUGCAAAUCCAUGGAGUUGCAAUUAAGAUUAAUUUUGAGGAGGAAGAGGUAGUUUUGAGUUCACUCAGUGAUAUGUAUGUAAAAUGUGGGAAAAUAGAAAGUGCUCGUAGGGUUUUUGACCUGCCUGGUUCUAGAGAUUUGAUCUCUUGGACUUCAAUGGUGACAGCUUAUGCAAUGAGUGGGAGACUGAGAGAAGCAAGGGAACUUUUUGAUGAGAUGCCUGAACGGAAUGUGAUCUCAUGGAAUGCAUUAUUGGCAGGUUACACUCGUUUCCUGCAAUGGGAAGAGGCCUUAGAGUUUGUUUAUCUGAUGUGUAGGAAAGCUGAAAAAAUUGAUCACAACACUUUUCAAUUGAUGCUUAAUGUAUGUGCUGGCGUAUCAGAUGUUGACAUGGGGAAGCAGAUACAUGGGUUCAUUUAUCGACUUGGUCUCAGUUCCAACAUUGUUAUUGGAAAUGCCCUUCUUGACAUGUACAGCAAGUGUGGAAACUUGAGAAGUGCUGGAGUUUGGUUUCGACAAAUUAAACAGUCACGGGAUAGCGUUUCUUGGAACAUUUUGUUGACCAGCUAUGCUCGUCAUCAAAUGAGCGAACAAGCUAUGUCCAUUUUCCGGGGAAUGCAAUGGGAGACAAAACCACAUAAAUUUAUAUUUGCUACUCUUUUGGCAGCUUGUGCAAAUACUUUUGCACUUGAUCAAGGCAAACAAAUUCACGGUUUCAUGAUCAGAAAUGGUUAUGAACUAGACACUGUGAUCACAGGAGUUUUAGUUGACAUGUACUCUAAAUGCCGAUGCCUUGAAUAUGCUCUAAUUGUUUUUAGAGAGGCUGAUGGACGGGAUUUGGUUCUUUGGAACUCCGUGAUUUUGGGUUGUUGUCACCUUGGAAGGGGUAAAAUGACACUUCAAUUAUUUGGAUUUAUGGAGGAGGAAGGAAUUAAGCCAGAUAAAGUCACCUUUCAAGGUAUCUUGCUUGCUUGUGUAUAUGAGGGUCAUGUUGAUUUGGCUAGGCAUUAUUUCAAUUCAAUGAGCAGUAAAUAUUGUAUUAUACCGAGGCUGGAGCACUACGAGUCCAUGAUUGAACUCUUUAGUCGGUAUGGGUGCAUGAAUGAGCUUGGGAAUUUUAUCAAGGAAAUGCCUUUUGAUCCCACAGUCCCCAUGUUGACAAGAAUUGUAGCUGCAUGUAAAGAGCAUCAGUGUUUGAGAUUGGGAGAAUGGGCUGCUAAACGACUCAAUGAAUUGAAUCCUUCAGCUUCUUUGCCCUUUGAAAUCGCAGACAGAACCAAAUUCACUUAG